AGUGGACUUGCCGGAAUCCCUUCAAGUGCUUACUCUUUUUUCCCCCCCUCCCUCUCCUAAUUAUUUAUUUGCGCCGAGCAAACACACGGUGGAGGUGGAUUUUUUUUAAACUUCUUUUUGGGGUGUGCGCCCACAUGGCAGCGCCCACUAAGUUCAGCUUCUCCGUCCGGAGCAUCUUGGACCUGCCCGAGCGCCACCCGAAGACUGUGCCCGGGUCCUCGUCCCCUUUCUCGGUCGCGCGGCAGCCCUUGGACCCCCUCACCUCCAUCUCGUCGUCUUCCUCCUCCUCCUCUUCCUCCUCCUCUUGGAUGCUCGACUCGGACCCAAGCUCCUGCAUGUCCUGGGACGAGGGCAGUAGCCUGGAGGCGUCGCCGGACUCCACCGAGCCGGACUCGCCGUCGCCGGACGCCGAGCCUCGGCGCGCCCCGGCGGAAGAAGCCAAGAAGCAGAAGAGCAAGAAGCGUCGCGUGUUGUUCUCCAAGGCGCAGACGGUGGCGCUGGAGCGCCGCUUCCGCCAGCAGCGCUACCUGUCGGGCCCCGAGCGAGAGCAGGUGGCCCGCCUGCUCAGCCUGACGCCCACCCAGGUGAAGAUCUGGUUCCAGAACCACCGCUACAAGACCAAGAGGGGGCGGGGGCCGGCGGACGACCCGCAGGAGAUGCGGCCGCCGGCGCCGCCGGCGCCCCCGCCGCCGCUGCUACGCAGGCUGCUGGUGCCGCUGCUGCUCGGCGACGGGAAACCCUUCCGCGCCGCCUCGUGCGUGCUGGACUGCUCUGGGGCCUCCCCGCAGCCGAGGACUCUCCGCUGGGCCCCGGGCGCCUACCCGGGCCUCCAGCCGCCCGCAGCCGCGGCUCUGCCUCCGCGCCAUCAGCACUUGGAAAGCCCCGCGGCCUCCAGGCUGGCCUGGGCGGACUUGUGGGGCGACUCGGUCCACUUUGCUUCGUUCAAGUGACACCAACCGACUCCGAACAAACGCAACUUAUAGAUGUUGGGAGAUCUCUUUGCACUUUUUCUUUCGGCGUAUUUCCGCUACUUAUAUUUUUGAAAUGUUGUUCACAUUUUUUCGUAAUUGUGGUAGCCUGUAGAUCUUUUUUUUUACUAUCCGGUGCUAUAUGUAUGUUAUUUCGUUUGCUGAAUGAUGCUCAAUAUUAUGCAAAUUACAGGUCAAUAUUAUAGAAUGGAUGUUUAAAGGGAAAACGUCUUCCUGAAGCUAAAUGUUGCAUUAUUUCUCUUGUAAAGGAAUGCAUAAAUAAACCAUUUGUAUAUGCUGUUAAAAAGUACACACACA